CCCAAACCCGAUCCAGAUUCAGCCCGUUUCAGUCUAUAAGGGACAAAAUCUAGGGUUUUCGCUAUCGUCUCUCUGCCCACAAUAGCCGCUCUGCGUUCCCAACCAGAGAACCUUCUCGCGCACUAACCACUAUGACAAAGCGGACGAAGAAGGCUGGGAUUGUUGGAAAGUAUGGUACCCGUUACGGGGCUAGUCUGCGAAAGCAGAUUAAGAAGAUGGAGGUUAGUCAGCAUAGCAAAUUCUUCUGCGAAUUUUGUGGGAAGUAUGCAGUGAAGAGGAAAGCAGUGGGGAUUUGGGGCUGCAAGGAUUGUGGCAAAGUCAAAGCAGGCGGUGCAUACACACUCAACACUGCCAGUGCUGUGACUGUUAGGAGCACAAUUCGGAGGCUCAGGGAGCAAACUGAGAGCUGAGCAGCAGCAAAAAUCACUUAUCUGUCAAUUUUUUUUUAAUGUAUUUUCUCAAGUCUGGAGCAGACUACUUGGUUAUUUUACUGGUCACUCUGAUCUUUUCGUUGUUGGAACCAUCUGUUUAUUUAUCUUAUGAAAAUGUUUGAAAUUUUGUUUUCCGAA